UUAGGUGUGUUUCCAAAAUGGCGGCAGCGAUGGAUGUGGAUACCCCGAGCGGCACCAACAGCGGCGCGGGCAAGAAGCGCUUUGAAGUGAAAAAGUGGAAUGCAGUAGCUCUCUGGGCCUGGGAUAUUGUGGUUGAUAACUGUGCCAUCUGCAGGAACCACAUUAUGGAUCUUUGCAUUGAGUGUCAAGGCAACCAGGCGUCUGCUACUUCUGAAGAGUGCACCGUGGCGUGGGGUGUCUGUAACCAUGCUUUUCACUUCCACUGCAUCUCUCGCUGGCUCAAAACACGGCAGGUGUGUCCGUUGGACAACAGAGAGUGGGAAUUCCAAAAGUAUGGGCACUAGAAAAAGAGUUCUUCCAUCAAGCUCAACUGUUUUUGUUAUCCAUUGAAUGACCUGCCCUCCUGUUACUUAAUUAUAAAUUAGAUAGAACCGUGUCUCUUCUGCUUUGUCUUUUCAGUUUGCUACUGCGGCAGCCAUACUGUAUUAUAUGUCAAAUAAAAUCCAGUUGGAUUCUA